ACCGUUGCUUUCCUACCAUCGCCAAUGUGAACCGCCAUAUUACCAUGACUGGCUGAUUAUGGUGGUUCGGUUUGUCAGGUUUACGCUGUUUGUGAAUAUAAAUGACUGAAGUAGAGGAACAAAAAUAUGCAUCUAAUAUGUUUCUACCUGUUCCUUAGAGAACUUUUGACAAGAAUACGGUCAUCAAGUGUCUUUGUAUUCAAUUCCCUGCAUUGUCCGUGUCCCCUGGAGGAAAGCAUAGAUGGCAGAAGUACAGUGGUCAUGCCGCGAAGCAGUGCAAAGUGAUAGAGAUCUGGCAAUAGCGCAAAUAUCGGCAACAUCGUAUGCAACUCGGGUGCGCGAAUGAGAGUACCUGUUCAGUCAGUGUUCGUUUGUCAGUGUUCAUUUGUCAAUUGUGCCGUGAGUUUGUAGUCAUCUUGGAAGGAAAUCACUUGAUUUUUUUUCGAACAAAGAGCUAACUCGUCUUAUAAAAGAUAUUCUCUUAUCUAAGAGAGAAACAUGUUCGGAAUGUGAUAAUGUGAAUAUGACAAACGGAGCAGUAACGUUUGUUUAAAGAAAGAAGGAUAGUUUGAGGAAAGAGAAAAGAAUUGUGUGUGUGGGGCUACAUAAAUCUUCUCCAAAUAAAGGAGAUGAGAACCAUCAGUCACGAAUAUUAACAUGGUGAUUUCGGGAAGUAUAUGAGAAGAGGAUAGAAAAGACUUCGUUGAAAUUCGUAGCAAUUUCUAAUUAAGAGAUUUUGCAUCGAGAAAUUUUGAUUAUAAAAAUGGAAAAAUCACAUAAAGAUAUUCUUGCUCAUUUGAGAAAGAAUAUAAUUGAUGAUUUAGAUGUAGAUAAUGAUGUUGUACAACCUUUAAGACGUGAAUACAUUUUACGAGAAAAUGAUCUAAAACGUAUUUAUGCAGGCGCUACUAGAGAAGAAAGAGCAGCCAAUUUAUUAGAUAUAUUACCACGAUGUGGUCCAGAUGCUUUUGAGAAAUUUCAUAGCUCGUUAAAGCAUCACUACGAGUGGCUUAGCGAUGAAAUAGAUAAAUUAUUAGGCAAUUAUGAAAUAGAAACUAAUGGAGAAAUAGAUUAUGUUGGACCUCCUAAUAUCCCACCUCAUUCUCCAUUGACGGUUACCAGAGAAGAGAAGGUUAAACAGUUAAAGAUAGCUUUACAACAAUUAAAUCCCACAGAAUACAUUGUGUUACAUGGCAUGAAAGGAUUUGGAAAAUCAUGUCUAGCCGCCAGUACUUUGAAAGAUGUGAAACUAGUAAAAGAUUUAUUUUCUAAUCAAGUCUACUGGAUUACAUUUGCGUGUGAUCGUUUAAUCGAUGAAGAAAUAUUAAUCCAAUUGAAUACACUUUACCAUAAUGUACGAAAUUUAGAAAUUCAACCAGAGACAUUUACUCCACUCGCGAAAGAUUCUCUGAUUCAGUAUUUAAAAUAUUAUUUUAGUAAACAACGUAAUUGCAACGCUCUAUUAAUUUUAGAUGAUGUUUAUGAUAAAAAGAUUAUUAAUACUUUUGACUUUAAAUGUAAGACUCUCGUUCUUACUGCUGACAUUGAUGUUCUAUAUGAGAAAAGACCUACAAUAAUAGAGAUGAAUGACGGAUUUACAGAAACAGAAACAUUAGGCUUAUUUGCCAAAGUAUUGGAAAUGGACGUGAAUGAAUUGCCUUUAGAAGCAAAAAGAAUUCAUGAGGAAUGUAAAGGAAUGCCAUUACUUAUAGCCAUGUUUGCUGCUCAAUUUGAAGAAUUUAAAUAUGACAUGAGAGUACAGCCUGAUAGAUGGAGAUAUUACCUAGAAUCUUUGAGGAAAAAAGAUGCUAGAAACAAAGUAAUGAGAGAAUUUCUAGUAAAACAAAAAACUAUUUUUGAUAUAUGUAUUGAACAAUUGAAACCAGAUUUGAGAAAACAUUACGAGAGCUUAGUUAUUUUUCGUGAAGAUGUUAACAUAACUCCGAAGACUUUAGAAAUUUUUUGGGAGCGAAACAUAUUUGAAGUUCAAGAAUUAAUGGUGGAUUUGUGCCAUAAAUCACUUGCUGUCACAAAGUGGAAUAAGGUUUUAAAAUCAUAUAUUUAUGGUGUGCAUGAUUUAUUAUUAUGCCAUCUUAGGAAAAAACACACUGAACGUGAAUUGAAACUGAUGCACGAGCUUAUUAUUCGAAGAUAUUGCAAAUAUUGCAAUAAAGAUUUCUCAAAAUUGCCAAAUGAUAAUUAUAUUUACUCGUAUAUUGGUUAUCACUUGGAGCAAGCAGAAUUAUUUAAGGAAUUUCCGCAGCUUUAUUUAAAUUUUGAUUUCAUUCAAGCUAAAAUAAUGCAUGCGGGUUUGAAUGAUCUAUUGCUAGAUUUGAAAAUGUAUAGAAAAUAUAUCACGAUAGACUAUAAAGACGAGGAAAAGAUUUUUGAUCUGGAAAGAUUUCUUCAAGAGCAAGCAAGCAUUAUAGUAGAACAUAGACGUAAAAAAUGUUUGGAUAUCAUUCAAAUUGCGAUGAAUUACUCACAGCAAGGGUACGUCACUCAGACUGCCAAAAAUCUAGCUAUGACAAGACGAGAAUAUUUGUAUUUAUCUCAUAAUAAAAGUCUUCAUAAUUCCAAUAUGCCACUGACUGAAGAGAUAUCAACGGGCAUCUGCACAUCAGCUUUCACAGAUGAUCCUGAAUUAAUUUUGACCGGGAAUACAUCCGGCGAAAUAAUUUUGUGGGAUUCCUCUUCUAAAAAGCAGCAAAAGAUCUUUAAUGGUCAUAGGGAGGAAUAUUCUAUCAAAAAGAUCAUUGUAUCUACGGAUGGUGAUUGUUUCUUGUCGUUAAGCAGUGCUGGAAUAAUAAUGUUAUUCCCUCUGGACGAACAAGAAGAAACUGAUCAGCGUCAUAGCACUGAGAGCCCACGACGUAAACAAAGUUGUUAUACUCCCUUUUUCAUAAAUUCAAAAGGUCAAGAUGACAGCAUAGCCAAAUUCUGGGUAGACAAUGAAAUUAUACUAGACAUGGCAUUUGGCGACAAGGACCAAUACAUUGUUGCGUGUACUAAUGCAGCGACGAUUCAGGUAUGGGACCGACUUGGAAAAAUAGUAUUUAGUUUAAAAGACUCCAAGUAUGAAUAUUUAACGAAAAUAGCCUUUACGACACAUCUUUCUUGCUUUAUACUACAUAUAAUGGAUGAGUCAAAGGGCGCUUUCGCCUUGUAUGCAAAUAGUAAAAAAGAUCGUAGUACUUAUCAGUAUCAUGCCUGUUAUAAUCUACAAUUAAAAUCUGCAACUGAGAAGGUCAUCUUCUUUCAUCACAUACCCAAACAUGACGAUUCAUUGAUGGUCAUUACCGAAAAGGAAGCCAUGUAUGUAAGAUGGUGGUGGAAUGGUGAUUGUGUAAGCAAUUUCAGCAAACAGACGAGAGCAUUUGUCGAUGAUGAUGCGGUGACUUAUGUAUGCGCCACUAUAACAUAUGAUGGUGACUAUAUAAUUAUGGCUGAUUCUGCGGGUUUUAUAAAUGUAUGGAAUACCUAUUCUGGAUAUCAGCCAGUAGCGACUUAUAAAAGUCGCGUCAUAUCCUUGGAUUCUUACUGGUUAAGAGAUGAAGGUUAUCAUAUUAUAUGUGGAAAUGGGGACAGAAUAUUAUACAGAUGGAAAUUUCCAGUAGAAGAAUCAGAUGAAUUACCCAGGAAAUGUUUAUUUGAUGCAAUUGUUGAGCCUUACGGCAAAAAGGAUAUUGUAGUCAAAGAAAGUCCUUCAAAGAAAAUUAUAGUAUCACAUGGGGAAAAUAUAAUAAACGAAUCUGAACUUAUAGAAGGAAAAAUAUUAAGCUUGCAAUUAUCCGCCGACGGAAAUGAGGCAGUAUGUAUUACAGACAAAGAAAUUCAAUUGCUGAAUACAAAAACAGCUGCAACUGAACUUAUUUCGAAGUUAGACAAACCAAUCGAGUUUGUCAAAAUUGUCAAUCAUUAUAAACAUAAUAUGGUUGUCUGCAGAUGGAAGGAUAAUAAUUUGAAGGUGUGGCAACAUUCUAGACCGAUAUUUGGUGUCGAUACUAAAGCAAAUUACAUUCACGAAAUAAACAAUAAUCAUGUGAUAACCAUAACGCAGAAUGGUAUAAUAGCAAUAUGGUAUAUUGAUGAGCGUUGGGAGUUAAGAAGCCAAGUAAAUUUGUCUAAUCCAUUGUCACAUAUUUUAUUCAGCUCUUUAAGUUACAAGCAAAAUUAUUUAGCGGUUCUAAAUGAAUCGUAUGAUUUAAUUUUAUUACAUAUAAUCCAUAAAAACGCAAUGUCGUCAACGAUACGUAUACAAAUUAGCAACGAACCUUAUUUUACGUACACUUUUGCACAGAAAGCGACCUUGUGUGAUAUUUCGAAAAAUGAACAAUAUAUCGCUGUUGGCUUGGAAUCAGGACAAAUUUCUAUUAUCGAUAUACGCAAACAAAUGGAGAUCACUCGGUUAUAUUUCCAUACUAAUCCCAUUACACAAUUGCAUUGGGCUCCAACUACUAUAGAUGUUCCAAUUUUGUUUUCAUUGUCAUGCGAUGAAUUAGUUUGGUGGAAUGUUGCUCUAGUAAAAAAUUAUAAUAGAGACAGUCAGAAGAGAAGAAGUCGGAUGGGCAUUAGCCACAGUACAAGCACUCCCUCGUUGAGUACAAAUGCAUUGUUGAAUCUACAAAUAUCUAACAGUCCAAGUGUGGAUGCUGGUGUAUCUAAUCUACAAAAUGAUGAAGCAUCGAUUCUAGAUAGAUAUUGGAGAAACAAAAUAGGUAAAGAUCCUAAAAUGCCAGAAUUACUACAUGUUGUCGAAUUGCCACCAAGCCGGGAUCCAAAAAUAUGCAUCUCUUCAGAUUUCACUAAAUAUGUUAUGGUUGAUAUGUACGGAUCCAUUAACACGUUUAAACUGAUUGAUUACGAUCAACCUUAGAACUAAUUGAUCUAGGGUAAUUUUAGCAUUAAUUUACAAUACUUCGUUUCCAUGAGUGGAAAGUUGUAGGUUUAAUAUAGAGUGAUACAAUUACAUAAAUUACAUAAAUUCAUUAAGAUACAAUCGAGGUUAUCUUAAUGAAAUGUAUAUAUCAUGAGAUAUGUUUUAUAGUACAUUGCCACAUGUGCUCAAUUUUAUAUAUAUAUCCUUAGCAACGUUUUUAACUGCCAUUUGCAUUUAAUAAGAAAUCAGCUCUAACUUAUAUAAUAUGCCGAUUUUUACAUACAUUUUUC